AUGCACUGCGCCCUAUGCUCGGCGCCCUAUGCACUGCGCCCCAUGCUCUGCGCCCUAUGCUCUGCGCCCAAUGCUCUGCGCCCUUUGCUCUUCGCCCCAUGCUCUGCGCCCUAUGCUCUGCGACCCAUGCUCUGCGCCCUAUGCUCUGCGCCCCAUGCUCUGCGCCCUAUGCUCUGCGCCCCAUGCUCUGCGCCCUAUGCUCUGUUCCCCAUGCUCUACGCCCUAUGCUCUACGCCCCAUGCUCUGCGCCCUAUGCUCUACGCCCAUGGCCCACCCUUUCUCCCCCUCAUCCCUGCUUCACCGCAUUUCCCUCCCUGCUUCACCUCAUUUCCCUCACUGCUUCACCUCAUUUCCCUCCCUGCUUCACCUCAUUUCCCUCACUGCUUCACCUCAUUUCCCUCCCUGCUUCACCUCAUUUCCCUCACUGCUUCACCUCACCUCCCUCACUGCUUCACAUCAUUUCCCUCACUGAUUCACCUCAUUUCCCUCACUGCUUCACCUCAUUUCCCUCCCUGCUUCACCUCAUUUCCCUCCCUGCUUCACCUCAUUUCCCUCGCUGCUUCACCUCAUUUCCCUCCCUGCUUCACCUCAUUUCCCUCACUGCUUCACCUCACCUCCCUCACUGCUUCACAUCCUUCCCCUCAUUUCCCUCCCCCCACCCCCCCCGCUUCCCCUCAUUUUCCCCACUGCUGGCCCCUCAUUUCCCUCCCUUGCUUUCCCUGGUUUCCCCCCCUGCUUCCCCUCGUUUCCCCCCUUGCUUUCCCUUGUUUCCCCCCCUGCUUCCCCUCGUUUCCCCCCUUGCUGUCCCUCGUUUCCCCCCCUGCUUCCCCUCGUUUCCCCCUCUUAUUCACCUCGUUUCAUCUUCCUAUCUCACACUUUCCCUCUCCCCCUCUUCCUAUCUCCCCUCUUCCCUAUCCUCCCUUUUUUUACGGUACUUAUGUCUUUCCCUCAGCCCUGCUUUCCUCUCCCCCCUCUUCCCUAUCUCCCCUGUUUGACUUUAGUCUUGUCCCCCCUCCCCAUCCCUCGUAUUCCCUCCCUCUCCCUGGGUAG